CGCCAUCCUACUCCCUUGAUAACUCAUUGAUAGCAUAUAAACUACGCCAAGAAGCAUUCGUAGACAAAUUAGUCCGAUUUUUAGUUUUCGUUGCUCGAUUACAAGGAAUGAGUUUUUGAUUUUCUCUUGUAAAAGUAGAAGCUCCGUAGUAAAUUCUCACAAUGGAAAGCAAACAGGUUGCCGCCUGGUUCGGUGUGUGUUUAGUAUGCAUUUUGGUCGCGAAAGGAAUCGAUGCAUUUGAAAUUGUACGUAGAAGCGCCGCUCCUGAGAGGGAUUCCGACGAUUAUCCCGACUACCAGUUGGGAGUUAGAUACGACGAAUAUCCUAUGAUCGUGCCGAAGAAGAGGGCCGCACUUUUACUCGACCGGCUCAUGGUUGCGCUACAGAAAGCGAUCGAGGAGGAAGAGGAGCCCGAUAAUCUGCUGGUCCAGGUUCCCCCGCGAAGCACACUUAGACCGGAUGAUGUUAGAUCGAUGGAUUUGCAAAGACGAGGUCACCAGGGCGGCUUGUCGGGCCAACAAAAGGGUCGAGUCUACUGGCGAUGCUACUUCAACGCCGUAACGUGCUUCAAGUAAAUUCCAAUACGACUGCUCGUGGUUGAACACGCCAAAAACAAACGUUAAUUCUUAAGGCUUUUUAAUUGUAAAUGUAACAUUCAUUUUACUGUAUUUUGAAUAACGUGUAACAAAUAAAUGGUGUAUAUUUCUUUCUA